AUGUGUAAACAUGUCUUUGUCACUGUUAAAAAUAUUUACUUAUGCGAAUUGCACUUUAAUUCUCGUAGUGCAAUAGAAGGAGAACAAAUAUUAAAAAGCAAACAGAUUGUAUUAUGUGGUAAAAUUGAAAUGGCUAGUGUCACACAAAUUAGUGCAUUAAUUGUUCAAACAUCACAUUUACAAGAUAUGCCCCAUUCAAUUUUUGGUGAACUAACGAAGCCUGAAGUGGAAAUUAUAAAGUUCAAAUGCAGUUGCAAAGCAGGAGCUUCUGAGUGCUGUAAGCACGUUGUUGCAAUACUUUUGUUUCUUAACAGAAAUUCAGUUGCUGAUUUGGAAAUUUUUUCAUCAACUGACAUAACAUUUCAGUGGUCAAAAUUAAAGGAACCUACGUUAACUCAUUAUAAACCUUUACCAAUUGAUACAUUUGACUGUUAUAAAAAAAAUGUUGUCGAUUCAAAUUCUGUUGACGAUGAUGCAGAUACAAUUAGGUCAAGAUUCAUAGCUGCUGCACCAACUUCAGCAAUUGCUCUUCAUUCCUUGGGUCGUCAUUUGCCAACUAACCAAUCAUCAGUGAUAUUGGCAGAAAACACACAGCUGUCCAGGCUGAAUGUGUCAUCGCAUCCUUUGUCAGUGUAUUUGCAAAACUACCCAGUCAUGAAUAUGGGUGAUUGUUGCAAGCAUAGGCGCCAGGUUUCAAAAAACUUAAUGGUAUUAUAUCGAUCUCAAAAAGACAAAUCUUUUUGGGACCAUUGUCGGCAGUACAGAACCACAGGAAGUCGAUACUAUGGGCUGUAUACCUUUAACAAAACUUUCAAAACAGAUGAACAAUGGGCUUUGAAAGCCAGUCGAUAUUUUUGGCCGAAACUAUUCACAAAUAAGUUUGUUAAAUAUGGUUUACAAUAUGAAAACAUCGCCAGAGAUUUGUAUUCAAAAGAAUUUAAUACAAAUAUUUUAGAGUGUGGUUUAGUGAUUGACGUUAACAAUCCUUGGUUAGGUUAUAGUCCAGAUGGAGUCAUCAUUGAUGAAUAUUUUUUACCCAUUAAAAUUAUAGAAAUCAAAUGUCCUUUUGAUGGUAAAAAACUUGGAAUAAAAGAUCUUUUAAAUAGUUUAAAAUACAUUGUAAAACACCCAAAUGGUUCAUUGAGUUUAAAAAAACCCCAUUGUUAUUAUGCACAAGUACAAAUGGGCAUUGUUUUAUUAAAUGUUAAGGAAUGUGACUUUAUAGUACACAGUAGCUAUGAAAAUAAAAAUGCAGUGUUAAAAGUAAUAUACGAUGAAGAUUAUUGUAAAAACUUGUUUGGUAGUUUAAAAGUUAUUUAUUUUGAAAGAUUAAUACAUGAAGUAGGUAUGUAUAAUUAA